AACGAGUACCACGGUAAUGCUUUGCGCGCUUGUGUUUACGUCUGGUAAAUUCCAAUCUCUCUGAAAGCAUUUAAUUAAUUAAUACUAAUAUUACCGCACGAAAAAUGUCGGACUCCGAGUCAGAUCCAGACUUGACCGUUUCGCGAUACGAAGAAGAAGACGAUCUAAACUGUUACGGAUCGCCAGUUCAACAACCUGAUGACAAACAACACAUUCCAGUCGAAAGUGCAGAAAGCCAACUCACCCUGCCAACAGUUGAUACUCAAACUCAAGUGAGUGAUUCAUUCUAGCUAGCUCUGGCAUUGUUUGAUUUUUUAUAUUUCUAUACACGCAAGAUUGGAGGGAACAUGUUAACGAAAAUAGUUUUCAUUUGUUUAGUUUUGUUCUUGCAAGAAUACUUGUAGCAAGAAAAGCGGAAGGAAAAAACAAGGCUGUCCUUGUCAUGAUGAAUCGCUUCAAUGCACUGGGAAGUGCAUUUGCAGAACUAAAAAAUCUGCUUGCAAGAAUAAACAAACCACCGACCAAGACAUGGCAGAUAGAAACACUGGCAGCAGCCGUCGAAGAAGCCAAACAACAAAUUGAGGUAAGGGUAUUUGUUUUAUAGUAUUAAAGUGGCAAGCAUACAAGUAAGUUCUUGUAUUAUUGCCAAUAAUAUAACCUGUUACUAUUUACAUCACAUUUGAAAUAAUUCAGAGUUCAUAUUCGUAUGGUAGACAUAUAUUUAAAUCAUUAUUAAAGAGGAAAAUGAGUUAAUAUAAUAAUAGAAAAUUAAUACCUUUGAGAUGGUACAUGUAUAUUCAAAUGAUAUAAAGGUCCCAUAUUAUAAUCCUUCAAAAUAUGGGGACCAAAUAUGUGCCCAAAAUAAAUCCUUUGAAAAAGUCUUUGGAAUCCCUUUAAAUUCAAUUGGUAUGAACUAAUAAAAUGGACCAGUGGACUAAAAUACACUUCAAAUUAUCAUUGGUCAAUUUCAAUAUCUUGUACUAUUGACAGAGAUCAGAUGAUGUUUCUAUAAAUGUUAUGUGUUCAAACAAUUUCUCACAAGUGAAAUGUUCAGGGAUUUAUUGCUACUUUGAGUGGAGAGGAGGAUAAAAUUCUACUAGAAAUAUUAUCCAAUGGUAAAGGAAGCUUAGACUAUGCCAAGAACCUGGUGCAAUUUGGGGAACCCCCACCAGUACAGCCUUCAACAAAACCAGCUUGGUGUGUAUGUGGAAUAUGCCGGCCCAUGCCAACAGAGGAAGAAAACAAUCGUUCUGGGAAAAUCAGGUGCACAACAUCAUUUAUGACAUUCCCGAGCGCUUGCCUUGAUAGAGAUAUUUUGGUCAUGGCUAUUAGGG